UCAGGCUCCGCUCUAUGGUGCUGGUCGUGUCUCUUACGUCAUCGGGAUGCGCCGCAGACUCCGAGACGUACAAUAUGUCUCCGCCGUUGUUUAGUCUUCCGGAGGCGCGGAGUAAGCUUACGAGUGCGACCAGAGAAGCCGUGCCCAGCAAGAACAUCAAGCAGUUGUGCCAUGUCUUCAGUCAGGUCCCUGGCAGCGAGAACGAGAAGAAGCCGACCCUGGACCAGGUCUUCAGAGUGGUUUUGGAGGAAGAAAUUAUAAAUCAAGCUUCAUGUGACAACUGUCUUGCUAUUAUUUCUCUUGCCAUCGGUGGAGUUACAGAAGGUAUAUGCACCGCUACCACACCAUUUGUGCUGCUGGGGGAUGUCCUCGAUUGCCUCCCUCUGGAUCACUGCGAUAAAAUAUUCACAUUUGUGGAGAAAAAUGUUGGAACCUGGAAAUCUAACACGUUUUAUUCUGCUGGAAAGAACUACUUGCUGAGGAUGUGUAAUGACCUUUUAAGGAGACUUUCUAAAUCUCAAAAUACUGUUUUCUGCGGAAGAAUUCAGCUGUUUCUUGCACGCUUGUUUCCUCUCUCUGAAAAAUCUGGUUUGAAUUUGCAAAGUCAGUUCAACUUGGAGAAUGUCACCGUGUUUAAUGUCAAUGAGCAGGAGAGCACUCUGGGGCAAAAACAAGUGGAAGAUAGAGAAGAUGGGAUGGAGAUUGAGGAAGGUGAAAUGGGAGAUGAGGAGGCACCUAACAGUUCUUCUAUUCCCAUAGAUUACAAUCUGUAUAGGAAGUUCUGGUCUCUGCAGGACUUUUUCAGAAAUCCCGUUCAGUGCUAUGACAAAAAUUCUUGGAAAAUAUUCCUUAAGUUCUCAGAAGAGGUUCUGCAAGUGUUUAAGAGUUACAAGCUGGACGACACCCAAGCCUUACGGAAAAAAAUAGAAGAACUAAAAUCUGGAGGUGAACAUGUUUACUUUGCCAAGUUCCUUACAAGUGAGAAGUUAAUGGAUUUGCAGCUGAGUGACAGCAACUUUCGUCGACAUAUUUUGGUACAGUAUCUCAUACUGUUUCAGUACUUGAAAGGCCAAGUGAAGUUUAAAAGCUCAAACUAUGUCUUGAUGGAUGAGCAGUCUGCUUGGAUUGAAGAAACUACUAAACUUGUUCACCAGUUACUCUGUGAAACCCCAUCUGCUGGAGACAAGUUUUCUAAAACGGUCGAGCACAUACUCAGCACAGAAGAAAACUGGAACUCCUGGAAGAAUGAAGGUUGCCCCAGUUUUGUGAAAGAAAGACCACCUGACAGUAAACCAGUGAAAAUGGCAAGGAAACGUCAAGCCCCUGAAGACUUUCUAGGCAAAGGUUCAAACAAAAAAAUCCUAAUGGGAAAUGAAGAGUUAACGAGGCUCUGGAAUCUGUGUCCUGACAACAUAGAAGCCUGCAAGUUAGAAACCAGGGAGUUUAUGCCGUCUUUGGAACAGUUCUUUGAAGAGGCAAUGGAACAAGCGGAUCCUGAAAACAUGGUUGAAAAUGCAUACAAGGUGGUAAACAACUCCAACUACGGCUGGAGAGCAUUGAGAUUAUUGGCUCGUAGAAGCCCCCACUUUUUCCAGCCUACCAACCAACAGUUUAAAAGCUUACCGGAAUACCUGGAGAACAUGGUGAUUAAAAUAGCAAAAGAAUUACCACCCCCUUCAGAAGAAAUAAAAACUGGAGAAGAUGAGGAUGAUGAAGAUAAUGAAUCCUUGUUAAAGGAAAACAAUGAAAGUCCAGAGGUCCAGCAGCGGAAGAUGGUCACUGGUGAGCUGAUCGAGUCACUUUCUAAUAAGCUACAAGAACAGUGGAAGACGUUGGCCCCUCACUUAGAGAUGAAAUACUCCGACAUUCUAGGCAUUGAAUCUGACAGUGAGGAUGUAAAGAUGAGGGCUAAACUGCUACUGGUUGCUUGGCAGGAUAGAGAAGGACCUCAUGCAACUGUUGAAAAUCUGAUAGCUGCUUUGAAUCAAGCUCAGUUGAGCGACCUGGCAGAAAGCCUGUGUAAUGACACUGAAAAUGGAACAUAAACCUGUUGGAUUUACAUAUUAUGGGGGAUCUGUACAUCAUUCCUUCUGGGUAGCACAUGCAGACAAAGACUAGGGCUACACUGCUACUUUGGCUAUGACACAUGUUGCAUGCCCACAUAUUGCAGUGUAGCGCUGCCUGUGUCACGGCUAAUGUUGUGGCAACUUGCUGGUCAGAAUGUGGCCCCUUUCACAUUGAUGACAGCCUCAAGAAAUCCCGCAGAUCCGAAGUAACGCCUUCACUUUCAUUAGUUGUGAUACAAUAUACCCUGCUGUCUAUGGCCUUGUGCCAGGUCACUGCCAACUACUGCAGUGUAGCCGUAGUCUAAAGCUUUGUAAUGCAGUGUUUUGGGAUUUUGUUGGACAUUUUUUUAUAAUAAACUGAUGUUCCUGGAGGACCAGUAAUAAAAAAAAAAAAAAAACUGC